AUGGACCAUCUUCCACCAUCCACCAACAAUCCUCUUCAACUCGGCCCCCCUAAUCCAACUCCGACAACCUCCGCCGCCGCAAGGAAGAAGAACCGACACACCAAGGUGAACGGAAGAGGUCUCAGAGUCCGAGUUCCCGCGCUCUGCGCCGCUCGCAUCUUCCAACUCACCCGGGAACUCGGCCACCGCUCCGACGGCCAAACCAUCGAAUGGCUCCUCCACCAUGUUGACCCCUCUCUCUUUCCCACUUCCUCCAGAGAUUCCGCGGUGGCGCCGGAAAAUCAACGGUCGUCGGAGCUCGACCUGUUCCCGAAUUUGUCGUUUACGUCGCUGCUGAUGCAAGUCGAAGAAGAUGAGAUAAAGACGAAAAGGAAGAUUUGA